GCACUGUGGAUAAUGAGGUUGGAGAAUGGCACUGUGAAGAAGGAGUUCUUUCUGCUGGGAUUUAGUGACCAUCCAGAACUUCAGAAUCUUCUUUUUUUGUGGUUUUUUUGUAUAUAUUCCAUUACUCUCAUGGGGAACCUUGGGAUGAUUUUAUUAAUGAUAAUCAGUUCCCAACUGCACACCCCAAUGUACUUUUUUCUCUGCAUUCUGUCCUUCAUCGAUGCAUGCUAUUCUUCUGUCAUUGCCCCCAAAUUACUUGUGAACUUGAUUUCUGAGAAGAAGGCCAUUUCACAUGAUGGCUGUGCUGCACAGUUAUAUUUUUUCUGCUCGUUGGUUGACACAGAAUCUUUCCUGUUGGCUGCCAUGGCUUAUGACAGAUACAUAGCAAUCUGUAACCCUCUGCUUUAUACUGCUAUUAUGUCCACAAGGGUUUGUUACCAACUUGCUCUUGGAGCAUUUUUGGGGGAAACUAUGAGCUCAAUUAUUCACACAACUAAUACUUUUCAACUGUCAUUCUGCUCCAGAGAAAUUAACUAUUUCUUUUGUGAUAUCUCCCCACUCUUCUCUCUAUCUUGUGGUGAUACUUACAUGCAUGACAUCAUUCUGGUGGUCUUUGCAAGUCUGGUUGAAGCCAUCUGCCUUCUAACAGUUCUCCUCUCAUAUGUCUGUAUUAUACCAGCCAGCCUCAAAACAGGUUCUGCAGAGGGAAGAAGAAAAGGGUUUUCCACUUGUGCGUCCCACUUGAUGGUGUUCAUAAUUUAUCAUGGUACCCUGAUUUUCAUUUACUUGCGCCCCAGCACAGGUCACACACUAUAUAUUGACAAAGUGACCUCUGUGUUCUACACACUGGUCAUACCUAUGCUAAACCCCCUAAUUUAUAGUCUAAGAAACAAAGAUGUCAAAAAUGCCUUUAGAAAAAUGAUUAGCCAAAAAUUGCUUCCUUAG